UUCAAAUUAGGGCUUUUUAGCUCCAAAAACGCUCUCUCUGUAUUCUUGUAGUUACGUAUGCAUAAUAUUGCCUUUCGCUGGACAGUGCUGGUUUAGAGUGUGUGUAGUGCGUGUUUUCUUUCAUCUACAAUGGCGAACGAUGCUGAUAUGAGCGGAUGGACUGAUCUUCUGCAUUCCUCUUCAAAGCUUAUUGAGCAAGCUGCUCCUUCAGCUCAGUUUCCGCCGCUUCAGAGGAAUUUGGAUCAGUUGGAGGCGCUGUCCAAGAAGUUGAAGGCGAAAACCCUACGAGCUGAAGCUCCUUCUCAAUCUAUUGCGGCCACUAGGCUAUUAGCUCGAGAAGGAUUAAACGCAGAGCAGCUUGCUCGUGAUCUCAAGUCCUUUGAAUUAAAGACAACAUUUGAAGAUGUCUUCCCUGCUGAGGCUACAACAGUCGAGGAGUAUCUUCAACAGGUCCAUGAAAUGGCAACGCUCUCAGCUGUUCAGGAAGCUCAGAAGGACAAUCUUAGAAGUUUCAAUGAUUAUAUGAUGUCUGUUCUGGAGGAGGACUGGCAAAAGGAGAAAAGGGAUUUUCUGCAGACCCUGAGCCGAAUUUCAACAUUACCUAGAAUUAAUAUUCAAGAUUCUAGCAGUGGGGUGAGUCGCCAGGGUCAAAUAGUGCCUAUUACUUCCAGUCCUCCAGUUCCAUCUGGUCCAUCUAGUCUGGAGUCUUCAGCUCUAGCUAAUAAACCUGUGAUUGAAAGAAAGGCUGCUGCAUAUGCUGAAGUUGUGAAGAAUCUUAACAGUGCAAGAGAGCAUGGCUUACCCUUCAAACCUGCUGCAGCUUUCAGAAAUGCGUAUGACAGUCUGAAACUUGACUCAUCUGGUGCAAAAUCUGUUAGCAUGCUGAAAAUAUGGCACCUAAUUAUGGCAUUAAUGGGUGAGGACCCAACCGUUCGGCGGAAUAUUUCCAAAAGAAUGUCCUUGGUCAUGGGAGCACGUCGCCAUCUGGAAUGGGGACACGAAAAGUAUGUUAUGGAUAUGAUUCAGAGUCAUCCUGCACAGGCUGCUCUUGGUGGGGCUGUUGGAAAUUUGCAAAGAAUCCGUGCCUUCCUUCGGAUCUGCUUAAGGGACUAUGGAGUUCUUGAUUUUGAUGCCGGUGAUGUCCGUCGUCAGCCUCCUAUAGAUACCACUUGGCAGCAGAUAUACUUUUGCCUGAGAACUGGAUACUAUGAUGAUGCUAGAGAAGUUGCCCGUACAUCCCGUGUCUCCCAGCAAUUCACUCCUCUGCUCGCUGAGUGGAUUACUACUGGAGGUAUGGUAUCACCGGAGACUGCAGCUGCCGCUUCAGAAGAAUGCGAGAAAAUAUUGCGGAUGGUUGAUCGAGUAGGGCGGCCUUCAUAUGACAAGAAAAAAUUACUCCUGCACGCCAUUAUAUCUGGUUCCAGGAGGCUGAUAGACCGAUUACUUAGAGAAUUACCUACCAUAUUUAAUACAAUCGAGGAUUUCUUAUGGUUCAUGUUGUCUGCUGUACGAGACAGCUCUGUUGGUUCCUCUACUUCCGCCCUUAGUGAUGGACUGUCACCAUACAGUUUAGAGGAUUUGCAGGCUUAUUUAAAUAAGUUUGAGCCAUCAUAUUAUACAAAGAACGGAAAGGACCCUUUGGUGUAUCCAUAUGUUCUACUUUUAAGCAUCCAGCUGCUUCCAGCUGUUAUUCAUUUGUCCAAAGAUAUAGGAGAUGAUGGAUACAGUGUGGAUUCUGUGCAUAUAUCAAUAGUCCUGGCAGACUAUGGUGUUCUUUCUGAAGGUUCUGGUUCAGGACAAAAAAUGGGGGUGAUGGAUGCUUUUGCUGAGGCAUCUAGCAUAAUUAGGCAGUAUGGGUCAGCCUAUUUGCGCCAUGGUGACUUGUUAAUGGCAUUAGAGUAUUAUGUUCAAGCAGCUUCCGCUGUGGGCGGAGGGCAAUUGUCAUGGAUUGGCAGAGGUAAUGUGGAUCAGCAAAGGCAGAGGACCUUGAUGUUAAAGCAACUUCUGACGGAGAUUUUGUUGCGUGAUGGUGGUAUAUAUCUUUUGCUUGGCUCAAGAGGUGCUGGAGAAGAAGGUCAGUUGGGAAGAUUUUUGACUGAUGGGAAGACAAGACAGCAGUUUCUGGUUGAAGCUGCUCGUCAGUGUCAGGAUGCUGGUUUAUAUGAUAAAUCCAUAGAAAUUCAGAAAAGAAUUGGGGCAUUUUCGGCUGCACUUGAUACAAUAAACAAGUGUCUGUCUGAAGCAAUUUGCGCCCUAUCACGUGGUAGACUGGAUGGCGAAAGCACGAUCACUGGGCUUAUACACUCUGGAAAUGAGAUCUUGGAAACAUUCAAAUAUUACCCUGAGAUCAGUCCUCAAGAGAGAGCCAAUGUAAUGGAGCAACAAACUGUGCUAAGACAGCUAGAGGCGAUACUAGCCAUCCAUAAACUCGCAAGGUCUGGAAACCAAUUAGAUGCAUUGAGGGAGAUCACAAGACUUCCAUUUCUCCCUCUGGAUCCAAGGUCGGCAGAUAUGGCGACCGACGCAUUCAAGAAUUUGUCACCACACGUUGAAGCGUGUGUGCCAACCCUCCUCAAAGAUGCCCUUCAUUGUUUGGAUAAUGUUGUUGACACAGAUGGAUCACUUCGUGCCUUGAGAGCAAAGAUCGCCAACUUUCUUGCUAACAACUUGAAUAGGAACUGGCCUCGUGAUCUGUACGAGAAGGUUGCCCGAAGCUUGUGAAUGUUGUAGUAGUAGUAGAAGCUUGAUUGUACCUAAUAUCCCUGCGUUUUUAUUAUGCAUUUACUACUUUACCGGAGUUAGUAUCCAAUGUUUAAACGGGCUGUACGAUGUCGAGGAAUCACAACGCGUUUUAGUGCCUUAUGAGAUCACGAAAGUAGUGAAGAUUUGCUAUCUACCUAUAUUCCUGAAGCGGUUCCUGGUGUAAGGUCUUAGUAGAAUAAUUUUUCCAUGGGGACGUUCUUGUUUAACUAUCGAAUGAAACGGAAGUCGCAGCACUGGGGCUUGAAUUUCCA